CGAAGAUGAUGGCGACCAUCCAUAUGAGGCGGGAGCGCUGGAAGUGGCAGCUGCCAUCGCGUCCCCGCUCCGCCGCCGCCGCCAUCGCUCGAACAUUCUACACAGACUUCUGCCUUUCUGUAAUUCCAUGUCCAAAGGUUGUGCUGAGAUCCUGAGAUGGGCCGAGCUUUGUGGCAGAAGUGCCUCGGACUGCCCCACACAAGGAGAACCCACCUUGCCGCGCACCAAAUACCUCGUCUAAGGAAGAAGGACACUGUACCACUGGAAAAAGCUCUGAAAAAGGCAAUGUGAAUGAUCAAAGGCAUGGAGCAGAUACCAUAGGGUGAGUAAUCAUGGACCGGCUACCACAAGUAAGAUGGGAAAGAGGUGGUUGAAUGUAGAAAGUGAUGGGGUUUGGUUAAAAAAUGGGCAGUGUGAACUGCUGGACUCAGUGAAAGUCACUCCACAUCUUGUGUGGGAGGCAGUGAGCACAAAUGAUUUUAGCAGGCUACAUGUUCAGAACACAUAAAGGUAACCAUUGUUUCAUGUAACCCAUGGUUAAGUCCUAGUUAGAGGAUGAUUAGGAAGCUAAAAUUUUACAUACGUUCAGAAAAAGACUGAAUAAAUUCACAAAACAGAAACUCUCAUCCAUGUCAGAAAAUCUCUGGGGCCAAAAUGACCAAGGUCAUCAUGAUAAUUACUAAGUAAAAGUACCACAACGUCACUUACUGAACUGGUUAUAGAUCCUAGACUGGUAUCUGUUUUUGGUUAUCACUGAAGAGUUAAAUAUCAGGCUAGCAGACAUUUAGUCUUAGCAAGUAUGACCCUUUUUUACCAUUUCUCUAGAUUUUAGAUAAUUACAAUCAGUUCAAUGGAUUAUUUUAAGAGUUAAAUAUAAGAAACACUUAAGUGUGAGACUAUUCCAAGUUAUGGGAAACCGGUCUAAUGCCUUUUUCACCUUGAAAUCUACAGAUUUUAGUGGGAACUAAGUCAGAGCAAGACUGGUAGGUCUCAAAAGUGAAUGGUGUUUUCAGCAAUAUUGUUUUCCUCCACCCUGAAGUGUUAGAAACAACAUUCAUUUCACAUAGGAGAAAAGGCUAGAGCAAUGCUUUGACAUAAUAAAGAUGUUUACUGUAAGGGAAAGCUCAGUGCAGGUGAUAGCUCUCUCAAGAGCCAGUUCUGAACUGGGGAAUGAAUUCUCUUGGAAAGCAAAGAUUGUCAUAAAUUUCACCCUCUUUUUGCUCGAGGUCCAAAAUAUGCCUCUACCCUGCUUUUCCUGAUGACAUAUCAUGGAAGUGUGCCUGUCUGUACAUUGAAUUGUUUUUCAAAACAAGAGAGGCUGCUGUAAAUGCCCCUUUCCCCAAAGAGCAGGUGAGAACACAACCUCACUUGUCUGCUCAUGUUCUCUGGAGGGUUCCUGGACACAUCUGGCCGUGACAGUACUGAGCAUAGGGUGAAAUCUUUGUGGAUGAGAACCCAUGUUGCUUUGCUGAAUUCUACCAUUUUCCAUUUGAACAUGAAAUCUCUUUGCAGUUCUCCAGGGUUGUUUUGUAGCAUUUUUAUUUCAGUAAGAGCUGCCUUUUACUACCAAGCCCAUAAUUAAAGCAGUGGUAAGUAAUGGGCUGCAAAAGGUGUACCAAAAGAUAAUUAAAGAUGCACUGCAGAGCAUGAGCAUCCUUUUUACGAGGUGUUAAUGUCUGAAGACCAAGUAGUGAAAUUGAUUUUGCCUCCUUCAGGAUGAAAGUUCUGCUCAAACAUCAAUAGCACUGUACUGCCCUAGAAAACGUUUGAUGUAGGAAUUUCUUAAAGGGUGUUUGUCCUAAGACUCCCCAGGCAGGCACCUGUGACAGCCCAUGCUGCACUGGGUAAUUCGGCAUCCCAUUCAUGCUAGCAGGAUUUUGGGGUCACCUUUGCAACUCCUAACUCAAGAAGGGCUGCUCUGGAGGGAGAGAAGUGAGGUUCUCCCAAUGCCCUGGAUUAAAUAGAUGCAACCCUUUUUUUUGAGAACAUUUUAAAGAGCACUGUGACUAGUCAUUAUCUAACAAUGAUGUUGUCUCUCCCAAAUGCACACAUAUCUUCCAUUUCUGUUCUAUUUUGAGUAUAUUCCACAUGUGAUUUGGACUCCUCUGUAGAUGUACUUAUACCACAACUGGCAUAAAGGAACCUUGACAGAGUGGGUUUCCACACUUGGACUCUACUUCAAUCUAUAGCAAAAUGCCAUGGAUUUUUGUGGAAUUCUGAAGACAAUCUAUGAACUAAAGAGACACUGGUUUUGUUAAGCAUGCUGCUUUGGGUAUACCUGCUUCUUUCCCCACACUCAUCCCAUUCCCAUAUUUGUGAAAUGAAUCAAAAAUAGGUGGCAGAAUACUAUUUUUCCAAUAGAGUUUAGAGAGGAGAUGCAAGAGCUCACAAACAGUUGUUUUGAUUAUCACUGACAUGCAGCAGCACAACGAUGCCAAGGGAAUUCGGGCAGCAAGAGCUGGUCAGUGUUGUUGGCUGGAUUAGUGUUUGUGGCAGAAAUUAGCUCUUGUGUUAGGCCAAGUCCAUAGGUCUCAGCAGAAGAGGGUCAAGAGGAGAGGGAGUAAAAGAUUACUAUCUUCUUUCCUGGAAUGUCACUUAGUAACAAAACUCUCUUUCAAUUAGCAUUGCAAAGAAAAUCUUUGAAAAUGAAGGGUGCAAAGAGGCUGCCUGGCAGAAUGCCUGAAACAAUAACUCCGGGAAGUGUGAACUGCUCUCCAUAGCUAGAGGAUGUUAACAAAAGCCUAGUCUAUCUGACCCGAGCUAAUGGUCGUGGACAGUCACUGUUAGCAAGCAGUGCAAGUCCGUGCAAGUCUCUGCUGGCUCCUUCUUAUCUCUUCUGCACUGGUUGUGUCUAUAAGGUGUGUAUGUGUGAGUGGGAGGAGAUGAUUUCCCUGUUCUUUUGAGAUCGGUAUUGCAGGCUGCCUGCAGGGGCAGCUUUAUGUUGUAGUUAUCUCCAUGACAUGAUGUUUUCUGCUGUGAAAAUUGAAAAUCCAGAAAGAAAACUGAAGAUAUUUUUUCUAGUUUUCCUUGUGGCCAGACUGAAUGAGUGAAGUAUCUUUGUACCCUAGAAAUAUCCUUGGUAUCCUUGAUCCAGUUUAUCAGGCACCCCAUGGACAGAAUUGCAGAGAGAUAGAAAAGUCAUAUGCAAUUCCAUACUUUAUUGUGCCAAUUCAAAUCGGGGCUCCCCCAUUCUCUCUUACCCUUAUCCCAUGCUGGUGCUUGCCAAAAACUACACCGGCCAAAAAGAAAACCAUUGUCUUUUAUUUUUUUUUUUCUUUAUGCAAUGGGCAGCUCUGUGAGCUCUUGGCUCAUUUCUAGGCAAGUGUACACUGGAGAUGGUAUGUGCAGGAUUGUGUGCAAAGCCAUGUGGAGGCUUAAAGACAGGUAGAGUUGAACUCUGCAUGCUCAGAAAAAGAAGCAAUAGCUGAAGUUGGCUUUGCUGUAGAGAAGACUGUCAAAAAAACUAUGCCUCCAAGCUUUAAGUCUGCUUGUUGUGUCUGAGCCUUCGUCUACAUAUGUCUCUCAACAAUAAAAGUGAAAUAAAGCCAAAGGACUAGUAGCACAUCUUGACUCUACCUACAACUGCUGAACCACUUUGUCACCCGACACUUUUCUCCUUUCUCCCACAUAACAAUGCUCACUUAAAUACAAAUUUUACCUUCCAUAUGGACAGGAAAAACUCCAAACUAUCCUGGAGCUCUGGAGGAGAAAAGAAAUCUUGUGGGAUGUAUCUGUGCUAUGACAGUUCAGGCUUAUGGGGAUACUAUGGUCGAAGAAAGGCGAGAAGUACUGAGAAAUUGCUUCAAGCUGUUGUUUCCAGAUGUUUUGGACUACUUGGUGCUAUCACCCCUCUGGAAUUCUCACUGUCUUCACAUGCACUUCUGCUUGAAAAUAUUAUUAAGGUAAAGUGAUUUCUGAGGGCAUUUACCUUGCCUUAUGGACAGAGUUGCUAAAGGAAUCCAGUCUCUGAAGUACUAGAUUGACAGGGGCUGACUGUCAUCCCUGUCUGGAAGGUCAUUAAUUUUUUGUUGUGAAGCACUGCAGUGGUGUGGGUAAUGUUAAAACCUUUGUGCAGCUCAACCCAAAGUGGCUGCAUGGACGGUGGAUACACUGGUCCCUGCAGAACGCAAACAGUAUGUAACAGCUCACAGACUUUGUCCCUGUACCCUUUAGCUUCAGAGCAAGCUGGACAAGGUCCCAAAUCUGAAAAAUGAAUGGGGACAUGGUGAGAUGAAAAACAUAUGAAGUAAUGAUGCUGCUGUUCUUGAACACCUUCAGUGAUAGCCAUUAAUGGCCUCAUUUGACAAAUUAUUACACUGACUGAUUUGCUGCUGUUCUGACAUCUAAUCCUUUGCAGCGUUGCAACUGUUGCUCCCUGUAAGUCCUUUAUGUCACUCUUGGCUCUCUUAAACAAUAUUUCUGGACUCUCUUUUAGAUUAAUAUGUCCGUCAUGAUUUCACCUUGGGCUGAUAGCACAGACCUUGCUUGUUCUGUACCUGACUUGGAUGAGCAGAGCUGUCUAGAGAGAAAAAAAAAACUGCCAUAGGAAAGGAAAACCUUGUGCUGAGCUCUUCAGCAUGCACUUGGGAAGGAGCCUACUCCAUCUCCCCUGGGUGAUCCCCGAGUGUGCUGGGGGAGGGCUUUGUCCUUUAUUGUGAACAGCGGGUGUUAAUGCAAUGUCUAGUAAAGCCACCAGCAUUUUAUUUACUGCAGUUAAGUCGAUGAGAAAUGUCCCAUGGAUGGAAAUAGGAGCAGGGUAACCAAACGGGGAAGACAAGGACUUGUCACCCGGGUGUAGUAAGAGCUGGGAUGGUUUCCAGUUGGGAGAAGGGCAGUGUGGAGGCCUCCCUGCAUCUAGAGGAGUACUGGGUUUCCAGCAGACCCCCGGGCCCGCGGUACAGAGAGAAGGGGAAAGGGGAGCACUCUUAGAGAGCUGAAGCAAAGGUGAAAGAUUCUUUCAUUGAAUUAUCCACUCUCCAUUUGAAUUAAAAAAAGGUGGAUGGGCUGGUGGUGACAGCGGGGGCUUCGCUGGGAGACACUUUGGCUCCUUGUAUGGGGCGAGCCCUUAUUAUGUGUAUUUUGGUGAUGGGGUGACAAUGGAGGUGUGGGAGACGGCUCUGAGUCACCCGCGGAGCCCCGGCGGCCCCGGCUAAUUGGCGGGGCCGGGCUGGGUGGGUGGGGGUCGCUCAGGGCCGAGGUGAAGGGCUCAUAAGGCGCGGAGCGGCCAGAGGCGCCCCACCGCCCGCACACUUCGGCCCCAUGGAGCUCGCCAGCCUGACCCCCGCCAGCCCCGGACCUGCCGGAGAGCCCCGGGCGCGCCCCGCCGGUCCCGGCGCGGGGCGAGAGGGAGGCCGGCGCAAGAGAACCACGUUCAGCAAGGCACAGCUGGAGCUGCUGGUCCGCGCCUUCGAGAAGGAGCCAUACCCCGGCAUCGCCCUGCGGGAGCAGCUCUCCGACCUCACGGAGAUCCCCGAAUCCCGGAUCCAGGUGUGGUUCCAGAACAGGAGAGCCCGGCAGCUGAACCGCAAGAAGAGCGAAGCCGCCGCCUACCCCAGGCCGGGCAAGGCAAAGCCGGCCCGGUGCGGCGGCCAAGAGCGGCCACGGGCGCCGCAGGGUCCUGGAGCGGAGCGGAGCCUCCUGUGCCCGCAGCCAGGCCUGCCAGGAGGGAGCCAGAACUUCUGCGGACAGCCGCCGUCUUACUCGGGACAGCCGUACUCAAGGCUCGACAUGCAUUUCAGGAGCUUGGAUAACACUUUUGGAGCUCAGGGUCAGACCCCAGCUCACUUCGGUUUGGACUGCGUGGGAAAAGGGGUCCCACUAGGUGCGGAAAGCAUGGGGAGUCCCCCUCAGUUCUCGCUCCCUGUGCAGCAGGCACAGGACUAUCCGCACCUGAAGAAAUCUUUCCCUGAAAACUACUACUCAGAUGCGGAUGUUUUCCAGAUUUGUAUAGAAGAUCACCAGUACCUGGCAGCUAAAGAGAACAUGUACAGGAGGCCUCUCUUUAACUACAUCAGUGCUAACCAGGGCCUGGGUGUUGAGAACUAUUCAUGUAUCAAGUCAAACACUUCUCCCUUUGCAAAGGGCUUCGCUUUCAGUUAUGGUGAAGGGGAACCUAAGCUUGAGCUGGAGCAGAUGAGGCACAGUUCACCUCUGCUUGAGGCUAGUAAUGCUAGUCCUCCUUUGAUACUUCCAAAACAUGAAGGGGGGUAUCAAGGGACACUUGCCACUCCAGCCACAUCCUAUGGGCAGCAGGUGCUGGAGACAGUAAAUGACUACGACUCUCAUUGGCUGGGGAUGAGAAACGAAAUUUUGGGAACAGGGUUAGAUUCACUGUUUGAGUAUGAGCAAAAUGCAGAGCAAGGUGAGCAAAAAAGUUUCCUUUUUGCUUUUGGUGGCCAGAGUUCAACCUGUAAUUUGAGUCACACAUGAAACUGGCAUGCUUGCCUGAUGAAGAAUUAAUGUGAUUUUUUGUUCAAUUGGCAGUGUUGUCCUAAGUGACUAGAGGUUUUGCAGGUCUAAGUGUGGAGUGCUUGCUCUGAGUUUUGUGCCCUGUCUGGAAGGGAAAGAAAGAUAAGCCACAUUAGUAAGGGCUACAGGAGAAUAAACUGCCAAAUGUGUCCCAUCCCAGGGAACUGUCACCAAGCUGCUUGCAGUAUUCCUGCACGUUUGGUUAUUGGCAGCCUCAUGUUAACUUGCAUGCACAGACUGAUCUUCACAAGUAUGUCAGUACUGAAGAUUUUUCUGUGUUCAGACUGUGCUGGAUUAAUUCUGCCAGGAAGAUUGGGACUAUGGUGUUGCUUUUGUGGCCUUACUGCACGGAGUUUUGUUUCUAUUCUGGUCAUAAUUCACUUACUUUAACUUAAGAAAUCUGUAGAAAACAGACAUUUAUAGCUUUUAUUGGAGAAAGCAUUAACACGAGAAGGGGACAAGCAUGGGAAAAACAGCAUUGGUGGUGGCAGGGGAUGGCUCACUGGGUGUGUCUGCAUUUUAGGUGUGCUCCUGAUAGAGAACACAGAUGUUUUUUCCUGGAUACUUAAUGUGUAGUGUUUUCAUUUAAAAAUGACCACACGUGUAGCCUUUUAAAGGGCAAUAUUUUUGUGACUUCCUUUUGUAUAAUUUGUUUGCAGGUUGUAUUCUUUUUUUUUUUUUGAUUGUUUUCAAAUUGUAAUUUUCUAUUUGCCAAAUGAAGGUUUUCUGCCUUCAUGAACUUGUAGAAUUGCACUCAGAGAAGAGAAAAAAAAUUCAUCUUUGCAUUUGCACAUUGAGCCUGUUUUUAGAACUCUCAAGAUCCAUGGCUGUCUGGAAGAGCACUGUAAUCAUGGAAGUGUUCUUCACAUGUGUCUCGGGAGACUGCCAUGGUUACAUGUUAAAGCAAUAUCAGACCUACAAUGGUGAAAACUCUACGGGUAAAUCCUUUUUUGUGUUUAAAAUGUGGCUCUUUUAUAUUUUAAGUAUGCCUAGAUCUAAAUACAUAUGUUAUUAACUUAAUUACUUUGUUUAUAGAACAAAAGAAACAAUGAAAAUAAAACUUAACCACAGACCAUUAUUUUAUUAAUAAAGUUGAUAUCCCU